AUGGCCUCUCGUCUCAAAAUCGGCGCUGCAGGUUCACCUCGACGCGGGUCCUGCGUCAACCGACGUCUCCAUUUGCUGAUGACCUCCACCCAAGUGGCGCUUUUCCUGCUCCAUCCUGCGAAGGUACUCGAACAAUCUGUAGUGCUGGUGUCUGUACUAGGAGCGGUGGCAGUUGUUGCGCAGGAGGAGAACAGCAGCGACCGCAGUGAUCCAGCAGCAGCUUCUUUUUUCAACACAGUGCCAGAGGACACGAGGCUCGCUCAAGAGGCUCACCACAAUCUGGAUCUUCACGGGCCGGCGGCCCAACAGGAUCAUCAAGAUGCAGAUCUCCUUGAAACCAGCAUCAGCGACCCGGACGCAGCUUUGGGGCGGAUUGAAAACGAAUUACACCUUGCUUCGACGGGAAAAACAAGCGGAAGUGCGGGCGACGUCUUGCAGUGGCAGACAGGUGAUGCAGUAGAAGAAGGACCUACAACAGGUCCUCUCAACGCGAAGAUCAACACAGCAGGGCCGCGAAUAGGAGAACAAUCGGAGGUGCAGCAAGAAGUGAAAAGCCACCCUGUUCGCAAUGCUGGGCCGCCAGAACAAGCUUCACGACCUGGUGGUCCGCCCGAUGCAAACGGAGGCCGCCUGCCGUCGUUUCAUCUCCCAACAGCAGCACCGUCGUCGCACUCUUCUACAAAACCAGAUCAAGAUCUUCUCCAGGACCAGAUUAUCCGUGACCAGGUGAACAGUGUAAGCAAAAUUUUGGCGGAAACCAGCGAUAUUUUUGCAGCAGACCACAGAAGCACAUCUUCUUCUUCUUCUUCAGGGCAGCCAACAACUGCCGGCAGUCGGAGCGCGACUGGGCCGGGGGGCAGGAGUGAAACUAAUAUGAAAUCUUUUUCAACCACGACUCAAAAAUCCGGACCAAACAUUUACAACGUCGACGACAGUGCAGCAUCUUCUGCAGCUACUUUUCAAGAACAGGAGGUUUUUGGAUCUGGAGUUGUCGGCACCAAGAACGACAGCAGUGGAAACCAAAACGUGGCCACUUCCACGACUAGUAACGAGAAGAACGAUAAUCUGCCAGAUGUUGUUGAACACGUUGCGCAACAGCUGCAGCAGCCGAGCACCACGACUACAGACAGCAACAGCGAGACCAGUGUCAGUGUGCCAACGCCAAGCAGAUCAUUUCCGGCAACAACAUCGCUGGUUUCGUCGAGCAAGAGAGGGCAGCUCUCCUCGUCCAGGCAAGCCCAAGCUGCGGCUACAGAUCCAAUUCGCCAUCAAGGGCAGGAGCAGCUGCAGCAGCUGCUACAGCAGCACCACCGUGAAAAUGCGGGCUCGGCGGGCUCGGCAAGAAAGCAAGUUGCGUCAACAUUCUCCUCCUCCGCCUCAAGUAGAACCUCCUCCCCGCGGCUGCAGCAUAUGCAGCACGCCCUGGAAGCCUACUCCAACUCGGCAAAAACCCUCGGUGCGAAAGCCACACUGCUGAUCCAGGAAGCCAUCCAGCUGUACCAGAGCGCGAGCGCUUCUAUGCAUUGCAAAAGUAUCGUUCUAGGUACUAAUCGCAAUUAUGCACGACAAAACUACCGAAACCAAUAAUUUUAUACCUGAAAUAGCUAUAAUAGCAUGACAAAUUGCAGCAUUUUUGUUCUUCAGAAAAUUUGUAAUGCAAUUCUUCCUAAAAAAAAAAAUGCGAUACUUUUGCAACGCAUAACUUCUCCCGCCGACCGAUUUCUCGCGGAGCGCAAGGCGACCGAGGCGAGCUUCUACGCCCGGGCGGCGCAACUGGAUUUGCGUCGGGCGGAGGCGACUGGUAUCGAGAUGGAGCGCAUUCAGUUCAACUUUUUGAAAAACCUGGGCUCUACCAGUGCGAACGUUUACGCGAGUAGCUACGGAAACAGUGGGCUAACCAGCAGUUCUACUACGUUUACUGGGGCAAAUCCCUUUCCAGCACCAGGAGUUGGCGCUGCAGGACCUUCUAUCAGCAGCAGUAGUUCCCAGCUCUUCUAUCCAGCAGCUGCUCCGGGUGCCGCGGCAUACGACUCAUCGUUCUUUCCGGCCGCACCAGGGGGCGGGGGCUCCGCGUCACCUUACUCGACGUUUCCUUCUACUCAAGAUUACAACACGUACAAUUAUCCGUCUCAGCAACAGCUGCCGCCCAGUGUGGUCUCGAGCAAUGUCCUCGUUCCCGGCGGACCUUCACCUUACAACUCCGGAAGCCCCUAUGGCGGGUACAACAAUGCGGCUGCAGCGGGGACCCCUCCAUCUUCGCCGUACAAUAACUACCCUCCCGCUCCUCCGCAGUAUCAGUCGUCGCAGCGCCGGCUUUCGCAAACCUACGACGAUGGUGACUUGUAUCAGGAGGGGAAAACUGUUCCUGCGCAGUACACGUUUGCACGGUUUCUGCUAGAGCUGAUCUGGUUCGUGUUCGGAGUGGCCUGCUUAUCCACGGGAAAUUGCCCGUGCACGACGUACAGAUACAAAUGUUGUUUCUGCAUGACAAAACUUGCCUGCAAUCUUCGUCAGCGCGACAAGUUGGACCACACUCGGAGUAAUGGCGAAAGUCGUCAUGCAUUUUGUACAUGGACGGGAAAUUUGUAUUGCAUAAUCUUGCUGCGGCUUUUUCUUUCUGGUGCAGAACUGUGCGCAGUACGGGACGUGUUGCCCAUUGCCGGGAGUGGCGGGCGGUGGCGUGCCGUUUUUUGGAUUCAACAACCCGGGUCGACGAAAUAGCCCAUACUACGACAACAUGAUCGGUGGAGGAGGAAGUGCUGGCGUGAGAGGAAGGUGAAAAUGAAAAGUAGCUGCGUAAGCAGCUUCAUGUGCAGAUGACACGACAAUAUACUCCUAUUUCACUCCAGCACUUAUAAUGCACUAGUUUUGUAGGAUUGCGCCAAGAAAAAUCGAUGCUGCGACGAGGCAUGAAGAAAAAGGAUGCUGAAGCUUGUGCUCGAGGUGUGUUAAUGUGUGUUCUUGUCCCUUGAGUUUGAACCGACGUAAAGAC